AUGCCUCGGCAAAUAACAGAAAUCAAGGAGUUUCUGAUGACUGCUCGAAGGAAGGAUGCCAAAUCGGUAAAAAUUAAGAAAAAUCCGGAUAAUGUGAAAUUCAAGGUGCGAUGUAGCAAAUAUCUCUACACACUCGUCAUUCAGGAUAAAGAAAAGGCUGAAAAAUUGAAGCAAUCGUUGCCACCUGGCCUUCAAGUAAAAGAAUUGAAAUAA